AUGGAGACUUUUAUCACCAGCUAUAUUCACGGCAAUACUACCCUUGUUCAUGUACGAGGUAGUGCUAUGGGUCCUGAAGAUGAACCUCGUAAAAAACAUGUCAGUAGUACUCCCCGAUGGCUCCGUAAAGCUCUCGAAAAAGUCGUGAUAAGUGUACCUUUCCCUGGUGCCACUGAAACAGACCUCAUUCAAUCACUGGCAUUGUCAAACAUCAAAAUUGACUUUUCAAACACAGGUAGCCCGUUGAUUUCAGGCGACGCUAUUGCGUUGCUUAAAAAACCACAGGAAAUGCAAUUUCAUAUGGAUGUUACAGAAAUUGAUCCCCUUGUUUACUUGUACUUAAAUUUGGAUUCCCCGUCACCUUUUGCAAGUGUGCAUUCUAGCAAACCAUGUCCUGCAAGUUCGAUUGAUGGGGAUGGUAUUGAUUUACCGUUAGGUAGUAUGAAAGUCACUUCUCGCUUAUCUCGUGCUCCUUUCAAGGUUAUGCCUGGUGGUCAAAAAGAUUUUGAAGAGUUUAUGAACAGAGUGUUUAAACAAAAGAAAGGUAAAGUCUAUAUCCGAGGAACUUCGGCCGCAAAAGUAGAAAGCGCUUUUGGCAAUUUAAAUAUCCGUGAUCUGGAAUUCAAUGGAGUAAUUGAAACUCAAGGAUUACAAGGCUUGAAGUAUCCUCCACCCAAGGUGACUUCCAUGAACAUUGUCAGGGGCCACCAAGACGCCCUUCAUGUUAAGACUGAAUUAAAAAUUUACAGUCCGUCCGAUGUGAAUAUUAAUUUAGGCGAAUUAAACAUGAUGUUGCUUUUUGAUGGUCACUUGAUUGGUAAUACCACAAUCCCAAAAUUGUCACUCGCCCCAGGUGUUGAUAAUGACCUGACCGUUUCUGCAUGGCUUUAUGGCGAUAACGAGCAUGUUACAGAUUUUGUCGGUCAAUAUAUUUCAAAUGGAAUCGGCGCUAGUAAUAUUACGCUUACUAUUUCUGGAAAUCACCCAAAUGCAUCUCCAUCCAAAUUCUUAAACAGCUUUUUACAACUCUUGACAUUUGAUGUUGAGCCACCAGUGUUUGCUGAGGCACCUUUGCUAGCAGAUUGCCAAAUGAAUAUAUUGUCAUCCACCGUCAUCAUGAGUUUGAGAAACCCUUUUGAAGGCGUGGAAAUGUCCAUCAACAAACUUAAUGCAUCUGCGACAUACGAGAUUUAUGAGAUUGGACGAAUGGAGGCCAAUUUCGAAGAUUUAGGGGAAGGAUGGAAGGGUCCUCUUGUUUUGCCACCACCGGAUUGUGAAAAAGGAGAGAAAUGCGUAGGCAAAGUUGUUGAUUCAGAGAAGGUACAUAUCCAGACCAAAAAAUUGGGAUUCGAACCCAUUAAAAGAGCAUUGGGUGGUUCAAUCGAAGUUUCGGUCGAUAGCGAAGUGAGUGUCAUGAUUGACAAGUAUGCAUUGAAAGACCUGCAAUACCGUCAAAAUAAUAUCACUGCUAGAGUUGUAAAAAAGUUUUAA